AGAUUCGCUGCGUUUUGUAUCCUCUUAGAGAUGUGUUUCGGUAUCGUCAUGGACGAAGCUUCCAUCGAUAAGAUGGAUGAGAUUAUGAAAACUGUGCUGAUGACCGUUGAUCCACGAAUCGACGAUUACCUUCCGAUCCUCGCUCCGUUCUUUUCCAAGGAGAGGAAACGAGCUCUUGAAGUCCGCCGUGAACAGGUCGAUUACGUCGUCGGAGUUAUCGACAGACGGCGGAGAGCGAUUCAGAAUCCAGGAUCUGAUAAAACGGCGUCGUCUUUCUCAUACUUGGAUACGCUCUUUGAUUUAAAAAUCGAAGGACGUGAAACGACGCCGUCUAACGAAGAGCUAGUGACGCUCUGUUCCGAGUUUCUCAACGGUGGUACGGAUACGACGGGGACAGCGAUCGAGUGGGGGAUAGCGCAGCUGAUUGCGAAUCCUGAGAUUCAAUCUCGGCUCUACGAUGAGAUUAAAUCAACGGUGGGAGAUGAUCGUAGCGUUGAUGAGAAAGAUGUGGAUAAAAUGGUCUAUUUACAAGCUUUUGUUAAGGAGCUU